AUGUUGGGUGUGAGGCACCUUCAAGCACUGCUGCUAUGCGUCACCCACGUGCUGGUCUUCAGCUUGCGCACAGACAUGUCGAUGGCGGUCGUUGUCAUGGCCAACAACACCGCUGGCAACCCUAACAUCAAGGACUACGGCUGGAGCCAAUCUGAGACGAGCACCAUCCUGAGCGCCUUCUUCUGGGGCUAUGUGGUGACGCUGGCGCCUGCCGGGUGGGCGGCGGACAGGUUCAAUUCGAAGAACUUGUUGUCGGCCUCGCUCAUCCUCUCCGGUAUCUUCACCAUGCUCACAGAGGUGGCUGCAGAUACUGGCGGCGUGGUGCUCGUCUGUGCAUUCAGGGUAGCUACGGGUCUCUCUCAGGGUUUGGUAUUCCCAUCCACACAUUCCUUGCUGGCAAAAUGGAUCCCACCCAAAGAAAAUGCUGUUUUGGGAACUGCUGUUUACUCAGGCGAUCAGCUGGGCACAGUAAUAGCAAUGAUGACAUCAGGAGCAAUAGCUCAGAGCGCCGUUGGGUGGCCAUUUAUCUUCUACUUCUUUGGUGGACUUUCCAUCAUUUGUGGAGCGAUCUUAUUCUGGUUUGGAGAGAAUACCCCAUCUCAACACAAGCAUAUUUCUAGAGCAGAACUUACUUUUAUUGAAGAAUCUUGCAAGGAUGUCUCACGUGAACAAGAGAAAUUUCCAACGCCGUGGGUAUCGAUUUUCACAUCACUGCCCGUAUUUUCUCUCGUAGUAGUCACUAUGACUCAGAACUGGGGAUUCUUCACGCUCCUGACAGAGACACCAACGUACUUAAGUAAUGUUCUUGGAUUUGACAUUGAAUCUAACGGGUUACUUUCUGCACUGCCGUACGUCGCUAAUAUUGUCCUGAGUCUUGCUUCCAGCUGGAUCGUCAACACCGUAGAGAAGAAGCAAAUAGUCAGCACGGGGGCCUUAAGGAAGGUGAUCAACUCCAUUGCUUCCUGGCUCCCAGCCGCGGCUUUAGUAGCUCUCAGCUUCAUCCCAGUAGAGGACCCAACGGCAGCCGUGAUCUUGCUGACUGUCGCCAUCGGUUUCAAUGGACUCACCAUCAUGGGUUUGAUGAUGAACCUUAUAGACAUCGCACCGAACUUCUCUGGCCUUAUGAUGGGUGUUACUGAUUGUAUCGGGACACUGACGUCCAUCGCUGCACCACUUUAUGUGGGUGCUAUAGUCAAGGAGAACACCAUUCAAGAGUGGAGAAUUGUGUUCCUCACGGCAGCAGGAAUGUUGUUUGUGGGCAAUCUGAUUUUCGUUAUUUUCGCUAAAGGCGAAGUUCAACCUUGGAACGACCAUAACUAUUCGAGAGGAAAGAAAACAGUGAACAUUUUGGUACUUCCAAGUACUGAGUCUAUAAUAGGUAUGGACGUGCUGAAUGAUUAUGGUGCCUUAUUAGACCUGGAAAAAGGUGAAGUAAUCAUGCAAAAAGCAAAAGAUGCGUCACCAAACACCUCAUAUGCAGAUACUGGGGAACUGUUUACGACUCUAUGUGUAUGA